UUACCGUCUCACUUUGUUUUGAUGUGUUCAACCGGAUAAAAUUUUAAUACAAUGUUUUAUUGAUAUCUGUGAUAUUUACCAUAAUGUACCUUCUGUAUUAUGGGAAACAACAACCAGAAACUGCCAUUAAGGAAAGCUCAAUCAGUUCCCGAAUCACAGUUUUUACAAGUCACCAACCCUGAUCUAGUCCGAAAUAAAAGCAGGGGGUCAGGAAGGUUAACAAGAGGCAAGUCCCAAGAUGAGAUUGACAAGGUGACCAGUACCCCAGAAAAGCCAGAGUUAAAUGUUCCUCUUGUUGAGGCACUCUUUCUGCCAGACUUUCCAAUUAAAGGAGAUGCCCAAGGAAAUGAAUUUGAGAUUUGUGACAUUAUUGCAAAAGGGGCCUAUGGAAAUGUUUUACGUGUCAGGCGAGAAGAUGAAAAAGAAUACUAUGCCAUGAAGGUGAUGAGCAAGACCCAGAUCAUUGUAGAAGGGGCCAUUCAACAGUGCAAAGAUGAGGCAGCUAUUCAGGCUAUGCUUGGGGACCAUCCAUUUAUCGUGAAACUGCAUGAAUACUGGCAGUCCAAAAAGUAUUUGUACAUAGUGCUGGAGUAUGUCCCCUAUGGGGACCUGUUCACACUCUGGUCAUUCCAUGGUUAUCUGCCUGAGAUGUUAUCCCGAGUGUACGUCGCUGAGAUGGCAAUGGUGUUAGAUUAUCUUCACAAGUCAGGGGUUAUUUACAGAGAUAUCAAGAUGGAAAACAUACUGUUAGAUGUUGAAGGUCAUAUACAGCUGACUGAUUUUGGUUUGGCUAAAUGGUUAAAUCGCGGGGAGAGGACGAGAACUAUUUGUGGAACCCUGCAAUAUAUGGCCCCCGAGGUGUUGGCCACCACCCCGUAUGGCCAUACCGCUGACUGGUGGUCACUGGGAAUACUCAUGUAUGUCAUCCUUGCCGGCAGGUACCCUGCAGAGGGGGCCCAGGACCAUGAUGAGAUGCUCAAACUGGUGUGGGACAGUGACUACCUGCUCCCCAACCACAUCAGUGAUAAAGCUCAGGAGGUCAUCAACAAGCUUUUGAUGAAGAAUCCCGAUAAAAGGCUCACAGAUCUGUUAGCACUUCAAAACACGGCUUUCUACUCAAAUUUUAAUUUUACUGCUGUUUUAGAAAAAAAGGUCUCACCAAAGGACAUAGUGCCUCCCGACUUUUUCCCAAUGACAGGUGUCAGUUAUAGCUAUGCCCCUCAGCCUCCUCCAAGUGAGGAUGAAUUUGCACAGUUUGACUUUGUCUGGAACCUCCCUCCCGAGACGGAAGCUGUGUUUGUCUAGGAAAUCCAUAUAUACAUGUAGCAAUAACCAGAGCAGUCUACCAAUCAAAGGAAAAUCUAACGUUAAUGAGAGACAGAUGUCACAUAGCUGAUUGGUGAAAGACUGUCGUCACAGAGCUCAUGGGUGGCUGUGUGGUGAUUUGUAGUAGUAUUUAUGUGCAAUUGAUUUUAUUUAAACUCAUGCAUUCACUUUUAAUCAUCUAUGAGAAAUAGUAUACAUAAAAGUGGUUUGAAUAAGUGGUUGUAAUGCUUAAAGAGUUAUAAUUUCAUUUUAUCAAUUUUAUUUGUGCUUAUCAUGACAAGACCAGUUUUACCGUAUUCAGGAAUCUCAUGACUGAUUGUAUUCAGAACAUGGUAUCAUAGAUGAAGACUUUGUUGUUUUAGCAUGGUAUCAUAGAUGAAGACUUUGUUGUUUUAAAUGCCUACCAAUCUAGUGUAUUUGCUUAAACAGUUAUUAUGCUGAAUUGAUGUACCCAAGGAAAAAGAAAAUAAUUUGACUCAUUUAAAAUUCAAAAUGUUUAUUUAAAAAAUGUGAUGAUGGUAUUUAUAAUUGAUGAAUUGCUUAAUACUGACUAUGAAGUACAAGUUGAUUGACUUUGAACGCAUCAAAUACAUGUACCUAUCACCCUCCGUUGAGUUUAAACCAGAAGUUUAUAAUUUGUAUAUUGUUUAACUGUUAAAAGGGAAGACCCCCAACAACCUACAGCAUUCAAUGUUUAUCUGUUUUGCGUUGACUUGUCUUCCUAUGUGAGUAAAGUUUUAGCCAUUCUAUGAGAGACUGUUGAGUCUGUAUAUUGACUGUGUAUAUUAAACUGAUGAAAGUAAUUUAUUUUAACACAGUAUGAAAGGUAAAUAUUAACUUUGUUUUAAUUGCUUUUUAAGAUAAAAAAAAAUCUCUAAGUUGAAAAAAAAUGCAGAUUUUGAUACAAUCUAUUUUAAUAAAAGUAUUCCUUUCGAAAUACGAUAUUAAGAUACAAAAAUUAUACUAGCUGAGAAAUUCCAGUUUUCUGUUCAUUUCAGUGAUUUAAUUUAUAUUUAGUUAAUCAAUUAUUUUGGGGAGAAUUGAUUCUUUUGAUUGUUACAUUCAAUGUAGUUAAUACAUGUUUUUCAUGCAUGAAGAAAAAUGUUUAAAAAUGUCAGACUUGAGGCUGAUGAAUGUGAUAAAGGAAGCUUUAAAAUCUUGUUCUAUGAGAAAAUGCAUUGGUUGUGUCAGUUUUUCUAUUUACAACGAAUGUUAUUUCUGUAAUCAGUCAACUGUUCAAGUUUGUGAUGAAGCUGCUGUUUAUGAAUGUAUGGUACAAACAAUGAUAGGUCCAAUUCAUACAUCACACUUCUGAUGCCAUUGGUUGGUUGUUUUAUUUGUUUUUAUUUUUUUGAUUUCAUGUACCGGUAUCUUUCCAAUAUAAUGACUUUACUAAUAUGAUUGACUUGACUAUAAUGCAUUUUUUACCAGGAUAUAUAAUAAUAUAAUAUCCCAUUGAUUGUUAUUUUGACCUGGACAUAUUAUGCACCAUAAUUUGGUGUAAUUCUGACCUUGACAUAAAAUGUUAUUUUGACUUUGACAUAUCACAUGGCUCAUUAUUUAGAGUAAUUUUAUCAUGAAACAUUGUUUUUUUUUUGAGUUGGACAUAUCACAGAUAUUUAGCUGGUUUAAAUAACAUAACAUGACUGCUUAGUGUAUGUUAUUAGAACUGGAACCAUAAAAUGUAUUCAUCUGAAUUUCAUCAGAAGGAUUUAGACAGACCAUUAUUCAGGGAGAAUAGAUAUUGUAUUAGUUAGAUUUUAUGACCUUAUGCUUAAAGGAUGGAGUCCAAUCACACAGGAAACAAGUACUACAUGUUAUAAUUGCAUUUAUAUAAAGCACUGGUACUAAAGAAUUGUAAAUAAAUCUUUGUUAUUUAUGGACUAUUGUUCUGUCCAGUAAACUUCUCACCAAUGCCAACAAUACACAGCUGAUUAUUUAUAAACUUUCCAAUUCCUUUUCAGUUUAUGUUUAAACUGCACAAACCAAUAUUAUUCAAUAAAAUAAAACAAACUUA